AACAUGUUGCUCUCUCUAGCCUGCCACUGCCUCUGCCUAUUCGCCGCCGCUUCUCUAGCCAGCGGGGGUGUGGGUGUGGUGCCAGGUGUUAGCGGCGGGAGCGGAGCCGCGGGCUUGACGGAGGGUCGUGAGCGGCCGUACUUCGACGACGUGUCGCCGCGUAACGUGUCCGCGGUAGUGGGCCAGUCUGCCGUGCUGCGGUGCCGCGCCAAACAUAUAGGCAACAGAACUGUGUCAUGGAUGAGGAAGCGCGAUCUGCACAUUCUGACGUCACACAUCUUCACAUACACGGGGGACGCGCGCUUCAGCGUACUGCACCCCGAACCAUCCGAUGACUGGGACCUUAAGGUAGACUACGUGCAGCCGCGCGACGCCGGCGUCUACGAGUGCCAGAUCAACACAGAGCCCAAGAUCAACAUGGCCGUCGUACUCAAUGUUGAAGAUGAGUCCCACACCCCCGCGAGUCCGCCUCCGGCCCGCUCCUCAGCGGCGGCGGCGACUAUCUGGGGCUCCCAGGACGUCUACGUGAAGAAAGGCAGCACCAUCUCGCUGACUUGCUCCGUCAAUGUCCACUCCUCUCCGCCGUCCAGUGCCUCUGUUCUAUGGUACCACGGUAACUCGGUGGUGGACUUUGACUCGCCGCGCGGCGGCAUCAGCCUGGAGACAGAGAAGACGGAGGGUGGCACCACCAGCAAACUGCUGGUCACCAAGGCGGCGCUAGCCGAUUCCGGCAACUACACCUGCGUGCCCAAUAAUGCGCAUCCCGCCUCAGUUUCCGUGCACGUCUUGAACGGCGAGCACCCCGCUGCGAUGCAGACGAGCAACCGCGCGGCGUCGUAUCUGCUGACGUCACAGCUCAGCUGCGCAUUGCUCACCUACCUCCUCUCCUCUCUCACCUGCAGAUGAUUGCAUUGAACCCCUACUAUACACGGCAGAAGCUUUUGUUUACCA